CAUGCGCCAACAUUAUUUCCGUCAUUUAAGCUAUCUUAAAGCUGUUUUGUUUUGCUUACGGAUAAUAGUUAAAACAGUCUAAUUAAUUAAGAAAGAAACUUGCCAAACGGUUACUAAGGAAGGUGACACAUUUGGACAAACGUUGCUAAGGAGAAAGGUUGUAACAGCUCGUUACGUACGUAACAAGAAUGGCCGAUACAGAAAAAAGCACAGAGGACCCAAACUUCAAGGGAGGGGUUAUGAGUCCAAACUCACAGCAGACAUUUGCAGCAAUGCGGUACACAGCGCCACCUGUCGCUCCCAGGCAAAAGAUUGUUCUGGACGAAGAAUCAUUUGAAUAUUCAUUUCUGCGAUGUAUGGUGUGCAAGGAGAAAUAUAACAUGGAAGACAGGUCUCCACGGCUACUUCCCUGCCAUCAUGCCUUCUGCAUGAGUUGUCUGUUAGCCAUUUACCAACGUGAAGAAAAUUACAGACAAAGUCUUGCUCCUACCAAAUCCGUAUCCGGUAUGUCGUUUGCUAUCCCAGUCUCCUGUCCAAAUUGCAGUUCCAACUUUAUCACCACUCUAGAAGGGUUAAAGCAGCUUAUGAUCGACCACCGAGUUGUUCAGCUCAUGGAUUUCGUUGGGCACACUGAUAAACAGACUAUCACGUUCUGUCCGAAUCACGCUCUCCAGCCGCUUAAUUUUUUCUGUGAGAAAUGUGUUCAGCCAAUUUGCAGGGACUGUACGGUACUAGAUCAUAAAGUGUGUUCACAAGAACAGUUAGUCAUAGAUCUUGCAAGUGCAACAGAGAAAUACACACCUGCCUUAGAUGAAGGGAUAGUAAGUAUGCGUGAGGAGAUUAAGUCGUUGACGGAAAAGAAAGAGGAUUGCCAAAAAGCGUUAGAUAAUUCUCAGAAAGGGGACGACAGUCUGACCAAAUCUAUAAAAGAAUCGUUUGAUAAAAUCCGUAAAGCCUUAAAUGACCGAGAAAAAGAAAUCCUUGAAAUGACAAACGGAAAUGGGGGUAACAGUACAGAAUCAGUAGAAGAAAAGUUAACAAAGUUAUCUGACAAGGAAAAAGAGGUUGAAGAAAUAUUAGAAGCAAUUAAUAACGCUAAGAGCGCAGGAACAGUACAAGAAAUGUUCAUUGUUUACAAAAAGAUUCGAGAAUACACAACUGAAUCGGGAAUAGAGAAAGACGUUCUUCAAAAAAGUGACCAGCCUUCGUCAACGUUUGUAACACGUGACGAAAGCACGAUAAUAUCCAGGAUCUCUGGCUACGGCGAAAUUCAAAGUUUGCAGAAACAAUCAAACGGAUAUAGUUCGACUUCCGGUCUAGGCUACACAAGUUCCGGAAGUUCGUAUCUAGGGAGCAGCUCAAGAUACACGAGUUACACACCAUCAUAUACAAGUCGGUACCAACCUAGAACAUACAAGUACUGAUAUCUACUAUCGAAACGCUCUACCAUGUGUAGGACAUUCGCUAUCCUGAUGGCGAGGGAAUAGGGGUGCGUGGGCGGGGCAAUGUCCAGAUCCCAAAUCUAACAGCGUUUUACAUGCCAUCUGUAAAAUAAUUUUAAAACUUUCACAAAAUACUUGCCUCUUUGCAUUUACAUGACUUUUUGUUCACAGUGUAUAUCGAUAUUGAAGGAACAGGGGAAGCUAAUCUGUGUUUACACUCAUAGUAGCGAUUUCAGAUUAAUGCAUACUUUCCUAUACAGUACCUAUAUAUAUGCAGCUUUUUUGUAAAAUGCAUUUAAUAAACAAACCACUAUACUGAAA